CUUUAUUUGAGUCUUUAAGUGCUUCUUACAGCUGGAGGAGCGCGUGCAGAGCGCUGGACAGCGGCUGUCCCAUUAUUACCGCCUGUCACUCACUUUUUUUAUCCACACCGUCUCGUCCACUGGGAGAUUUUAUUUCGUAUUAUACUAUUUAUCAUCUCACAAACCACAGAAGCCUUUCUGCAGUCAUUUGUGAGGUGACUGUGAUAAAGGUGUGAAAGUUCAGGAUUGUGGGAAUGGGUCAGUAGAAGCACCAGAAAUGCCAGACCAUGAUACAGAGUUCCAUCUGAAUCGAGAGACAAAAAGAAGACGAGUGGACAUUGGAGUGAAGAGAAUUGUUAGCUCAUCUGCCUCAUCAACACAAACAGCUUCUGCCAUCAUCACUGUCACCCGUGCAGCCAAAUCCACUGUCAUCUUUGAUGCAAUGAACUCCCAUCACAGUAAGAAGCAGGAUGUGCUUGAGUGCCAAGGGGCUCAGCUCGGUGAGGCCAAAUCAAAUGUUCUCCGCAGACUGCUUAAAAGGGGCAGCUCAUAUGAGGCUAACAUGAUACCAUUUUCUGGUGCCACUAUCAUCACGAACCUACUGAAGAGCAAUAAGGCAAUGAGAGGAACAGGAGGCAGGGAGUCAGUGAUCUCCAGGAAAGCAGAACCUGAACUUCUACAGGAGGACACUUGCAGCAACUCAUCCCAGGAGAGUGAUGAAGAGUGUCUCUCACCAUUUGGAAAAAUCUCACUGGACCACUCGGACUCUGAACGGCUAAAUGAAGAGCACCUUCAGGCCAAGCGUGCUCGUGUUGAGAACAUCAUUCGUGGAAUGAACCACUUACCAAAUGUGAUGGCAACCUCUAUUUCUAGUGGAAAGGAUUGUGAGCGGGAGUUAGAGGGAGAAACCAACAUUACUGCACGGUCCUUCAGCCCAAGAGAAAGCAAUCGUGAGAACAAGAGGAAACAAAAAUUACCUCAGCAGCAGCAGCAUAGCUUCCAGCAGAUGGUUUCCACACAUAAACAGAAGAAGGUUGAAGAACGCAGGCAGCUGAAACUACAGCUGGAAGACAUGCAGAAACAGCUGAAACAGCUUCAAGAAAAGUUCUUCCAGAUCUAUGACAGCACAGAUUCAGAAGCAGAUGGAGGGAAUCUCUCAGAAGACAGUGUACGAUCUGAUGGGAUGUUAGGUGAUGGCGGCAUCAAUGAACAUCUCAUUCAAAAUUCUGUGGCUGAUCGAUCUGAUAAUGAGAUAGCAGACUUGGAUCCAGGAUGCUUUCUGGAUGAAGCGAAGGCCCAGCACCGUGAACAAGCAUCGCUGGAUGGAGAGAUGGCCAAACAGGAAGGUUCUUUGAGGAGCAAAGGUUUGAUGGCUAUGCAUGAAGUAGGCAAACGUCUGGCAGAAGCCCUUAAGGAGGAGUUAAACUCUGCCAUGUCUCAGGUGGUAGACACCGUGGUGAAUGUUUUUUCGAAACCUCCACGGCCACUGUUACAAGUAUUCCCAUCACUCCCAGCAAAUGAGGACCACUUUGCUUUUAACGGGGACAACCCAAACUUCCACACUGCUAAUCAGAGACUGCAGUGCUUUGGUGAUGUUAUCUUUCCCAGCCCACUUGACUCGUUUGUUGGGGUCCCUCUUCCUUGUGCCAACGAUCAGACGGAGGCACUACCACUGGUAGUACGAAAGUCUGCAUCCGAACACCACCAGUCCUCAGAUCCUGGAGCUCAGAAUGGUCACCCUCAUCCCUCCUUACAACCUUCUUCUCUUUCUGGAAACACAGGCUUCAUCUCCCCAUCAUUCCGUCACCCAUUUUCACUUCCUCUUGUGGGUUACUCAUUUCAGAGCACACUUGGUGCCUCAUCAACAGGAUAUUCUAGUAAAGACUCUCCUGGCUUAAUGGAUCUGUCGAGGGAGACCACCAGCUUACGAACAAAAAUGGCUUCCAGCCAGCAUUUGAUGCUUAACCGUUCUUGCUCACCACUUCUCCCAGGAAACACUGUUGAAGGGCUAUCACUCAUCAAAUCUGAAUGUGGGGACCUCCAGGACAUGUCAGACAUGUCUCCAUACUCAAGCUGUACAAUCCAGGAGGGACUGUCCCCAAAUCACCUGAAGAAGGCCAAACUGAUGUUUUUCUACAGCCGGUACCCAAGCUCCAGCAUGCUCAAGAUGUACUUCUCAGAUGUGAAGUUUAACAGGUGUAUCACAUCUCAGCUGAUAAAGUGGUUCAGUAACUUUAGAGAGUUCUACUACAUCCAGAUGGAGAAGUUUGCCAGGCAGGCCAUAAAUGACGGUGUGGCAGCAGUUGAUGAUAUCAUUGUGAGCCGUGAUUCAGAGCUCUACAAAGUGCUCAACAUGCACUACAAUAAGGCAAAUGAUUUUGAGGUCCCUGAACGUUUCCUGGAGGUAGCUCAGAUAACAUUGCGUGAGUUCUUCAGUGCUAUAGUGGCUAGCAGAGAUGUGGAUCCAUCAUGGAAGAAGGCCAUUUAUAAAGUUAUCUGCAAACUGGACUCUGAGGUUCCACAGAUAUUUAAAUCUGCCAAUUGUCUUCAAGAACUCUUGCGAGAGUAAUGUGUUAAAAAAUUCAUAUAAUUAUUUUCAUUCCUUUUUAAAUGUAUAUUGAUAAUCUGAGAUGCAGGAUUUUACCGGUUUUUUGUUUUUGUUUUUUUCUGCCUUUUCACAAUUUAAUGUAUUAUAUGAAGUAGCAUUAUAUUUAUUGGUUUUAUUGUUUCAUUGGGUAACUUUUAGUGUAUCUCUCUACAGUCCAUGCAGGCUAUUGAUUGUGGAUCUCACACUCCUGGGGCCUCGUUUACAAAAUGUGCAUAUACAUAGAUUUGAUUUUAGAGUGUACAUACGCUAAAAUACACACCAAAAUUCAAAUUAAUAAAAACGGUCUCUACCGAGGAAAAGUGCUUAGUGCCACAUCAGGGUAUAAUCAGAUGCAUGCACUUUUCCUUGUGGUAGAGCUGCAUUUGGAAAUCUAAGCAAUUCUUGUCGCUCGGCAUUCUCAAGUAAAGGAUUUGAACGUUGACUGGUGCUUUGUUAGAUCAGUGGUUCUCAGUUCAGCUUUGUUCAGAAUGUCAGCCCAAAUCCAGUUUUUGUGCAAAUCCAAUUGAAAUCCGAUCUAUUUAGAUAGUCUGAGUGGUGACAAACUACAUGAAAUACAAUUUUUGCAAAUCCAUUUCGAGCUAUGUUUGCACGGUUUGAAAUCCUGUUCAAAAAACCAUUUUAGUCUGACCGUUUAGAUCGGAUUUAGUUGUACAUUUUUGUACAAAACAUGCUGAACGUCUUUGCGGAAACAAACUUGUAUUGCGUGAAGUAUAAGUCAAGGCGGAAAAAGACAAUAUAUUGCUAGUAUAUGCACCUCUUUUGAAACCAGUGGAGAUGGCAGCACAGAAUAAAGCCACGCAUUCCAGGUCCUGCGUUUCUGCUGCGGUCUCAUAAUAUGAAAUUUAAGGACUUUAUAUCACAACUGUUCAAAAUGCUGUUGCUUACAGUGUGGACAGUUAGUCAUUUAGAUCGGAUUCCAUUCGGAUAUGCACAGAAAUCGAAUUUGGACUGACAGUCUGAACAAGGCAUUUUAAUCCUGGCAACCACCCGCUCUGCAUAUUAUGCAUGUCUCUCUUAUUUAACACACCUGAUUCAGAUAACAAGCUCAUUAGAAGAGAGCUCCAUGCAUGUCCCUACACAGUGUUUGUUGCUUCCUACUCCCCUGAGUAUGGGAAAUUCGUUGAAGUUUUCAGAACAUUCAUUCACGGAUUUGCGCUGCGCAGCGUCUUCACAUAGAGACAAAACUUACUAGAGAAGUGUGACAUAAUAUACCUCUGUAAAUACAAAUACAAAUUAAAUUCAUGUCUCACACUCUUUAAUACCCCAUGAAUGGAAUAUAUAUGCUCUCUUCAAACUAGAAUCAUGGUGCAAUGUCCUGUAAAGUCCACUUCACAGGGCACUUACAGUCAAAUAGUAUAAACUGCUGACAUAAUAAGAGACACAUACACAGACAGUACGUUUACAUGGACAUCAAUACUCCGACUUUAAUAUGAUUAAGACAAUACUCUGAUUAAGAGUCUACCAUGUAAACAGAGAUUUUUGAUUACCUUAAUCCGGCUAAAGUCAUAAUCGAAGUAAACACAAAUCGAAUUAAGACAUGUCUGUACUGCACUUCAAUAAUGCGACUAAAAUAGGAAUACUCCACAUGUACACACCUUAAUCAACCUAUUACCGUCAUGUAUGACUUUUCGCCGCAUUUUGCGACAGGAUACACACACGGCAGUGGUCAACCGGCAAAUAAAAGUGCUUCAACACUGCCGUCGUCUGUAUGCACGUACAAAUAAUUAACUGCACUUGAAGCUUUCAUAAAAUUAAAAAUGAAACACCCAAAACUGUAUAUGGCAUCAUCACGAAGACAAACUACCGUAUUGACCCGAAUAUAAGACGACCCUGAUUAUAAGACGACCCCCCUUUUUCCAGAUGUACCUUUUGGAAAAAGGCUUUUAGAAAACCAAAUCUUGUUUUGUUUUUUUCUCUCUCUGUAAAACACAUUUUUUCUUAAAUUAUUUUCAUAUUGCAUAUUUUAAUAUAUGCCUAUUUUAAUUUUUGUUUUGAAAGUAUGGUAAAUACUGGUAACAUGUACCAACAAUGACAUUGAAAAAUAUACACUUUUUGAUAUACCAUAAAAAUAACAGGUAGCCCAUCUGAAUUAUAUAACAUUCAGGCUAUCCAUCUCAUAGUAGCCUACCAAAAUUUUAUUAACAGUAGAAGUGAAGUCUUAUUGUAGUCUUCAAAUAUGGGUACUGUUAUGUUUUAAAAUCACUUACAGAGGAAGUUUGGUCCCAUCAGGCUAACAUGACAGUCACGACUAGUGCCGCUGUAAGCUUUUCUUUUUCUUUUGUUUUCACUCACGAUCUUUACAACACACAUUACAUUACAUAUUUCAUGGCACACUCGUUUUAAGCGUGUUUGGCGCCACCUAUUAUUGCGGGUGUACUAUUGACAUGUCAAAGUCUAGACCCUGAAUAUAAGACGACCGUGUUUUUUCAGAUGUAUUUCCAAGAAAAAAAAACAUUGUCUUAUAUUCGGGUCAAUACGGUAUAUGUUUAUAAUUGAAAUUCUGGAGGAGACGUCGGAUAGCGUUUCGUGGUGACGUAAUGACGUGUGCCAUUAAUCGAUCUAUGUACUAUAACAUGUAAAACAGGAACAUGAAAGGAUUAUUCUAAAAGCAAGUCAUGUAAACACCUCAAUCAUAAUGUCUUAUUCAGAAUAAGGUAAAUAAUUAGAUUACUGAUGUCCAUGUAAACGUAGUCAGAGCCGGGGGUCAUGAGGACUGGAAUUGUGAACCACUGUGUUAGAUGUUAAUGACAUUAAUUAGGCAGAGUUUACAAGGUAGAGAUCUGAAACCAUUCUGCUGCACACAAUUUCAAGACCAUUGGCAAUUUAUAAAUUUCAAUUCUGAAAUAAAGGCAUAUGCACAUACAAAUCAUAUGUACAUUUGUUCUCUGAAUCACACAUAUGCACAUUUGAGAAAUUAUUGUGAGAUCAAAUGUAGGACAGUUUCUACACAAAAUUGUAAAAGAGACCCCAGGGGUCUAAUUCUUUGUACCUCACUUAAUACAUCUGAAAUAAUUUGACCUGUGCCAGAUCUUCUUGUUAUAAUUGAUCUCUGGCUGAUUUGUUUUUUCAAACGAAUUUGCAGAUUUGAUUAAAAUAUCUGGAUUAGGUUGUCUGAGAUUACUGUGCACCCUGUUGAUCGUAAAGGGCAAAUAUGUUGAUACUUGAAAAACCUGCAAACAAAACCCUUCAAACGGCAAUGGUGACACCAGCAAAUAAAUAUAAAAUAACUCUGCUUUAUCAAAAUAAAGUGUAACCCUGUAUUUAAUACAAUCCUGUAUUUUCAGCAGUCCACUUUAGAUAUUCUACUAACUAUAAGUAACUACAUGUCAACUAAUUCUCAUUCAUUUGCAACUACAUGUCUACUAACUCUCAGAGAGGACUGAUAGGUUAGGUUUAGGCUUAGUCGAAUAAGUUGAUAUACACUUGCAAAUAUUCUUAUAGUCAGUAUGUUGUAUGUUGUGGACCCAUCAAAGUAAAGUUUUAGAGUAUUAGUAGAUUGUCUGCUUAAUAUAAUAAUGACUGUUAGUUGAAUGUCUAAAGUGGACUACCAUAUACAGUAGCUUAAACAUUGCCACUGAAUCAGUAUGUAAUCAGUGACACUGAAUAUAUACUAUAUAUUUUAAAUGCAGCCAGAUCUAUUUGUCUAAUAAACCUGGCAUUAUUUAUUACGACUUUUGUUAAUAUCGUAAUAUGCAAAUCAAACUGACGUCCAAAACUUUCCACUGGAAGAAACUGCCAUUCAAACUGAAUUUAAAGUGAUUUUACAGCAUUUUAAUCAAGUCUUGACUAAUAUUUGACAUCAAAUUUAUGUCAAGGUGAUAUCUGGGUGCAGACUACACAACAAUUAUUAUUUUACCACAUUCAUUUAAAAAUUAUUAUUAUUGCUGUUAUUAUUUUUAAUUAUUACUUUUCCUGGUUCAAUAAGGUGCUCUUGUAAGAAAAUAGCAGUGCUAGGGUCAGACAUUCAGUAUCACUGCUUAAAAAGAUGCAAUCUAAUCUUGUUUAUGUGAAAUAAGUCUGCUCCCAAGCAGGCUUUAAAUUAUGCCCCCGGUUUCACAGACAAGGCUUAAGCCUAGUCCUAGACGAAAAUGUAAGUCUGAGCUGUUUCAACUGAAAUAAACUUGCACUGACUGAUCUUAAAAUAUAUCAGUGCCUUUGUUUUGUCUCAAGAUUUUUUUGUUUUUUUUCUAAGCAUGUUUAUAAAAAUUACUUAAAUGUCCCAAUUUAACUAUGGACUAAUCCUGACUUAGUGUAAGCCCUGUCUGUGAAACCGGGCCAUGGACUUGUUAUGAUAGCAACUUCAAGAUGAGCUUCAAAGAACUUCCUCAAUUAUGUCAACAGUAAAAUCCAGAUAACUGAGUAAUCCAUGUACAAAGAAUGGGCCCCUAAUGUGAGAAGUUCAAAUUUUGCGGUGUGUAUUUUUUUGUCUUUAUGGUGAAAACAAUUGUGGUAAAAACACUAAUUUGUAUUAUUACUAUUAUACACCUUUCAGUUGGUUAUGCCUGCUCUGAGGUUUUGUAUUUGUUCUAUAUUGUAAAGUUCAAAGACAUUCAUUAUUAUUACAAAGUCUGUUUUUUGGGGUCUAAUGAAAGAAUUGCCCUGGCUGACAGCUUAAAAUCCCAAACAGAGUAGUCCUGCCCUCUUGCAUCACAGCAUUAUUCUUCACAGCAUAGAAAACAGUUGUGCUCACUGCUUGAGAUAGAAAUGCUGACACAGCUGGAAAUGCUUCUUUUAUAAGCAAAUUCAUCAGCAUAUUCCCACACGCUAGUCCUCAAUCACACGGUGUAUGCACUUGGCACUUGUACAGCUCUAGCAGGAUGUGUCAUUGAACCAAAAGUAUGUAAGCAUAAUGGAGUCACUUCUAAGUGUCAUUCCAGAAUUCUCAUUUCAAAAAGCCAUCAAAAGCAAAUGUUGUCUGUUAUAACCUCUUGAGAAAAAAAAAAAAAGAAAACUUUUGGUGAAAGUGUUCAAUGUUCAUAUGUAUGUCUGCAAAUUAUAAUUGUCCAGUUGCAGCCAGUUUGUGUGGUUACUUUUUGUCAUGCAGAACAAAAUACAGAUUAGAAAACUGAUAAUUCUGGUAACUGAUGCUGAUAUGUUGACCCAUGUUUGAAGCAGGUGUAAAUUACUCUAGAAAUAAACACCCGUGACCUCAUUACAUUAGUUGUGGCAACCAUUCUGUUAUCAGCAUUAUUGCACCAAAGAAAUUGUUUCAAUAUAUCAGAUUUUGUUGGUGAUUUAAAGUGUUAUCCAGUGUCAAGGCAAAUAGGCAUUCCAUCUAAUAUAAAAUCAAAUUUAUUGUAUUGGCAGUUAUUUGUUAACCUAACAAAUAACUGUGGCAAAUCGGUUGUGCGGAUCACUCUGCUGUGGUGACCCCUGAUAAAGGGAGCAAGCCGAAAGGAAGAGAGAGUUAUUUGUUAACUUACAUGUUACAACCAGAGGUCCGUUCUUCGUACCUUGCUUAAUAGAUCUGAGAUGAUUUGAAAGAUUGCACAUCUUAUAAUCUUGAUAACUGAUCUCUGGCUAAUUUGGUUUUGCGGAUUUGAUUAAAAUAUCUGGAUUAAGUUGUCUAAAAUUACUGCGCGUUCUGGUGUUUCUCGAAAAGGGCAGAUGUAUUGAUACUCGAAACCACGAUCAGCAGUGCAGCGAUUGGCUGGUGGCAAGACAUCAACAUAAUGACAUCAUAUAAUUUAAAAAUGACACCUGAUGAAAAACUUGACAAAUUUCUGGACCUUUAUAAGGAAACAGCGAAGCAAACAAAACUACAUAAAUGUUAUAAUAGAUAAAUGAAAUGUACACUGUUUUUAUUCUUUUUUUUUUUAGCAUGAUUCCAAAUUAUUUAUAUUCACAAUUUCUAGUAUUUGUACAGGGUUUACAUUUUUUUUUUUUUUAUGUUGUAAUUCGCAAUUCAUAUAACAAAUCUACUUCAAAGAUAAAAUUAAAUGACAGCAUUAAUUAAAGUUUCUUAAGGGUCAAGAUGAAGUUAUCUGCAUCUCAUGUGCUCCAUGAAGCCACUCCACUCCGCUGAAAUUAAUGCACAGCUCAGAUUAACUGUAUAGCAUGUGUGUAAAACUUCAAGACAAUUAUAAAGUUAUUAUUUUAUCAUGAAUAAAUCAAUGAGUAAAACUGGCUGUGUCUGUAGAAUUAUAGACUACACAACAUUAUUGUAUUAUUUUCAAAAUAAUUUUUUUAUUAUUUUAAAUUAUUGUCCCUGGAUCAGUAGGGUACUGUUCUAAUAAAGUAGCACUGGCUGGGACAGAUU